UUACAAACUCCACACACACAUUACCAAAUACCAACAAUGGCUUCUUCUCUUCAGUAUUUGAUCUUCUCUUCUCUCCUACUAUCCUUAAUCUCUUCAUCUUUAGCUCAACAAUCUUUCCGCCCUCAAGCCCUAGUCCUUCCCGUCUCAAAAGAUAAUUCCACAUUACAAUAUGUGACCAAGAUCAAUCAAAGGACCCCCCUAGUGCCUAUUAACCUUGUGCUUGAUCUAGGUGGCCAGUUCUUGUGGGUUGAUUGUCAACAAAAUUAUUCCUCUUCAACAUACCGCCCCGCCCGUUGUGGUUCGGCCCAAUGCUCACUCGCUAGGGCUAAUGGUUGCGGUGAUUGCUACUCGACCCAAAGGCCCGGUUGCAACAACAACACUUGUGGUGUCUUGCCGGAUAACACCGUGACCCGAACCGCCACAGGCGGUGAGGUUGCAUCCGAUGUUGUCUCGGUUCAAUCCACGACCGGGUCUAACCCGGGCCAGGAAGUCACCGUGAACCAAUUUGUUUUCGCUUGCGCACCGACAUUUUUGUUAACAGAUUUGGCCCAAGGUGUUGUGGGUAUGGCUGGGCUGGGCAGGACUAGAAUUGCAUUCUCUUCACAAUUUGCCGCUGCCUUUAGCUUCCAAAGGAAAUUUGCGCUUUGUUUGUCAUCUUCAUUGACAGCAAACGGUGUCGUUUUCUUUGGUGACGGUCCUUAUAAUUUCCUUCCUAAUGUGGAUGCUUCUGAUUCACUCACUUACACACCCCUCUUCAUCAACCCUGUUAGCACAGCCUCUGCUUACGCCCAAGGCGAACCCUCCUCCGAAUACUUCAUCGGCGUAAAAUCGAUCAAAAUCAACAACGUCACCGUCGGAUUAAACACGAGUUUAUUGUCCAUUGAUAGCCAAGGCAAUGGUGGUACAAAAAUCAGUACAGUGAAUCCAUACACUGUAUUAGAAGAAUCUAUCUACAAUGCUGUGACUGAAGCCUUUAUCAACCAGUCUGCUACAAGGAACAUUACCAGGGUGGAUCCGGUGCCCGAAUGGGUGCCAUUCGACGUGUGUUUUAGCACGGAGAACGUGCUUAGUACCCGAUUAGGGCCGUCCGUGCCAACGAUUGAACUUGUUUUGCAGAAUGAGAGUGUGGUUUGGAGCAUUUUUGGUGCAAACUCAAUGGUGUAUGUCAGUGAUGAUUUGGUUUGCCUUGCGGUUGCUAAUGGAGGUCCAAGUCCUAGGACUUCAAUUGUCAUUGGAGGGCAUCAGCUGGAGGACAGUCUCUUACAGUUUGAUUUGGCAAGUUCAAGGCUUGGGUUUAGCUCCACUCUCUUGGGCAGGCGGACUACAUGCUCCAACUUCAACUUCACUUCCACUGCCUAGAUGAUCUCUUCAUCAUCAAACAUAUAUAUAGGAUUGUUUCUAUGCUCUGUUUAUUGUUAUAUAUAUAUAUAUAUACACGAUAAGAUGAAUAAGUAGCUGCCGAUCGAUCUCCUGACGAUUGGCUCCAAGACAUUGGUUUUGUAUACUUCUGAAUAAAAGUAUAUGUUCUUAUGUGAUGACAUCAA